AUGAAGGAAGAUAAAAUGCCUGAUACUUCUAAUGAAAAAUUAAUUCAUGACAGAGAAUGUUUAGAUACUAUACAGUGGAAUGUAGACAGACAUCAUGGUUGGUAUACUGAAACAUGUCCUACUGAUGAACACCUAAACGACUGGAAAAAGCGUCCAUGUGAUUAUAUCGUGCGAACAAGUUAUGUAGCAAAUAACACAACAAACUUAUCCAAUGAAUCAGUCCAAGACGCUACUCCCAACACUGCAAUAAGUACAAAUGAUACUAAUACACCUAAAAAGUAUAAAAUAUUUCCAUCACUGAGUUUAUUAAAUCCAAAAGUGCCAAAAUUAUGCAAAUCAGGAAAAUUCCGAGUAAAUCUUAUCUUACGCUUACGUAGUAUAUGGUCACGUUCACGAUCUCAAUCACAUCGAAAAAAAUCAAAACAAAAUACAAACAAUCAGCAUCACCAUCAUCACAGCCAUCAUCAUCACCAACACCACAACCACAACAACAGUCAUCAUCUGGGUCAUCAACAUCCCUAUCCUACUCACCAGCAUUACAAUAACAAACCAUUUGAUAAACAGAGUUCAUGUGAUUCUCUGAGAUCAAAACAUACAUCUCCGCAUAUUGACAACACUAACAACAAUCCCCCUGCAAAUGAUACAAGAGUAGUUGAACUUAAGAAAGACAAAUCUAUACCACAUGUAAAAUUCAAAAUUUCAGAUAAUUGUCAGACAUUGCUAUCAAGACAUUGUCAUUCCGACUAUUGUUUACUACGAUCGAAUCAUAUCCGCAAAUGUCCUCAUAUUUACUAUGAUUUUCCUUAUGAUCGCCAUCAUCAUCAUCAUCAUCAACAUCAAAAUCAGCCCGAAUCGGACGUAUUCAGUAGUGAACAAACCAGCAUAAACAGAAUAUCCGACGACCUACAUCAUCUAAACUUUUCUUCAUCCAAUCAUCGCUCUUUAUCUACUGGGAAUAUAUGUUGUUUGUAUUCACUAAGAUGUGUACCAUCAGUUGAGUGUAUAGCAUCACCCAUAUCGUCAUCAUCAACAUCAUCUUGUUUUCAAGGACUCCAUCAACAGCACAAAGACGACUUCACAGAAAACAAAGACUCCAAUACAAUAAUCACUUCAAUUAUGGUGAAUAAAAGAAAGCCUACAAAGUUAAUUUCACCAUUUGAAAAACUGAAAUAUCAUCCAUGCUAUCGAGAUAAUGACAAGAAUCUGGGUAAAUGGGUUCAACAAAUGUUAGCACACAGUUCUGAGGACAGCUCGGAGGACAACACUGACAACACUAGUAAUGAUGAAGUUAUGCAUAUUGGUAGUAGUAGUACUGGUGGUAAUAGUAGUAGUAAUUUUCAGCCUAGAAGACAUUCUGACACUUUAAAACAUGUACAUUUCGCUGAUGAGUCGACCUGUUCAUCAUCAAUGACCACAUUGAAUUCUUUGUCAAGAUCAUCAUCACUUUCCUCAUUGAAUUUUACUAAUACUUUACUUUCACAACCGUGUUGUCCAGUUGUUUCUUGUCAUUGUCAUCAUGUUGGGGAUAAAACAGUUCAGGAUAAGUACUUAUCAGGAACAUCAAUUUCCAAAGAGGUUUUAUUUAAUCGUAAUCUUAAGCGUAAACGUGGAACAAAACGAAAUCUAGCAAAUUAUGAUAAUGUUUUUGAAGAAAAUUUCACCGAGCAUAAUGACAUGUUGGAUGAACGACAAUUGACAAAGCAUAAUGAUAGAGAAACACCUUUAGUAACAGUGAAUCUAUUCCGUGAUACCUCGGAACCACCUGAAGUACCUCCAUAUGUCUUCGAUCAUCUAAAUACAGGAAAGAAAUGGAUACCGAAAUUUGCCAAUCCAAUAACAUUCAAUAAUUUUAAUCAACGUCUUCUUGACCAACGUGUAUGCCUGUGUCAAUUUUGGUCUGAAAACUCGGAAUCAUUUUGUGUUCAAGUGAAGACGAUAACCACUUCCAGUAGAAAUAAUCCUGACUUUACUGUUGAGGUUCGACUGCGCUAUACUCUGGAUAGUUGGCGAACAUACACAGAAUGCCCCCCGUUGUCAAGAAUUGAUCAUUUAACCGAAUCCUACACUGAUCAUCAAUGGAUAGAGACUUAUGAGUCACAGAUUAAACUACACUUAGCACUAUUCAAUGAAAUGUCAGUAUACUCGGUAGAUUAUAAUUCCUACUUAUUAGAAUUUGCUGUUGUCUAUCGAGGCAGUGGAUUUGAAUACUGGGAUAAUAAUUAUUCACAGAAUUAUUUGUCUUCUCUUUGAUGAUCACUGAUCACUUUCAAUGAAUGGUGAUUCUUGUUCAAUGAUAUGUUUUCAACGUGUGUGUCUUUUUUUACAGACCAAAAAUAUAC